AUGUGGGUUCUGAUUUUGGAAAACGGCCUUGAAUAUGCUCAUUUUUGCUGUGGAACAUCCAGGCCUCUGUGGUGGGUUAACAAAGUCGCUUCACUUUUUCCGGGUGCUUACUGCGGCAGAAAGGGAAUGAGUGGUAGAACUACUCUGCCUCGAAGGGACCUUCAAGACAAUGAUCGUAGGCAUGCUUUAGUAAACUCUACUCAAGUCCCCUCUGGGUCUACCCCACCCACUGGAUUGUCCGAAAAGAGCAUCUCGUCCUCCUCCGCUUCUCUUCCCUUCGAACUCUUCCUUGAGGAGGUCAAAGCACAAGCCUUCUUUUGCGACUUCAGCUCAGAAAAUCUCUCCUGGCUGGCUAUAGAAGCAUUCAAGAAGAAAAUUAAUCCAAAAGAGAUAUUUGCGCUAAUGAAGAUGGACUCCUUUCCACGUUUCCUUCGCUUGUACUUCUACGAGGUCUUCCUGCAGCAGUACCCGGAGUCAUGGUAA